AUGUACUUUACUUCGAAAGAGCUUUCAAGGUUUGAAGAGUUCUCUUUACGUCUUCAUGGAAACCAGACUUUUGAAUAUAAUAAGGAUUCAAGCCAAAAUACACUCGACUCCUUCAGUCCGGAAGCUUUCAAAUCAAAAGAUAAAGUUAUCAACAAUGACUCCGACUUUGAUAUGCCUAACGAAACUGGCGUAUUCAUAGCCGAAUGGUCUCCAGCAAAGUUUCAAAAAAGCCUUAAACGCAUUCUUAUCCUUCCGAACCAUGCGAAUUUACUAAAAGAAUUUGGUAAAGCUUCGAAUGUAAAAUACAAGGUUUGCGAUGAGAAUAAUUACCUUACACUACGUGCAUCAACAAGAAAGGAUUUAAAUAAGAUGCUAUACUUACUGAAUAGGCUCGAUAGUUUACUUGCUCAGGAGAUUUGUGACCACUGUGAAAGAAACCUCUUUUGUAUAGGAAGGUUCCCCAGCUGCGAAUUGAAGUUUUCAGCCCUUACAAUUGAUCAUCCUCUUUAUCGAACUCUUCUUUUAAGUCCUCAAGUUCGUAAAAUCGUGGAAAAUCCUGAAGAGUCGUGUUUUCUCAUUCACCUUGUAUACUAUGAUAACACCACUAAUACUUAUAAAAAUUUCUCCUUAUGCGAUACUUUAGGAGGGAAAUCUUCAUCUAAUUUAAAUUUUCCUCUUUUUGGCAAAGGCGAUAAAAGCGUUAUAAAAACUCAUUUACCGGUGUCUCUUGAUAAAAAAGGCGAUGCUUUAAAUAAGGAAAUGGGGACUUCAGCGUCUUAUUCAAUAAAUCCUAUGUCUCCCGAGUCGAAUCGGGAAUUAUCUGAAGGGUUUCAAAUCGUUUCAAAAACGAAAGGUCCUUCGGAAAAAGUCCAAAACCCCAAGAAUACUAGUAGUACUACUUACCCUAAUCUAGACGGUACUAAAGAGAAGGUAAAUAAAGAAGAUCAGCCAUCAAGUAUAAGCAAACUGAAGAAAAGGCCUCCGAAAUAUAAUAUCAAGCUCCCUUUGCGUCCUGCUAAAUCAUCAGAGGUAGCUCAACCAGCUUCAGAUGAAAUUGUUGUUCGUCGUGCAGUCAUAACUGAGAAUGAUGGGGGUGAGAAUAUAUCUGAACCAGAAAACCGGGAGCAACGAGUUAGUACUUCUGUAUGCUCUUCACCUUCAUUAGCUUUGGAAAGUCUUUCUUUGAAUAAGCAUACACCUAUUGAAGCACAUAGAAGAAUUUCUUUGGUAUCUACAGAUUCUGGUGUUCGCAAUCUUCAGCUUUGUUUGUUCAAUGGCAAUCACCCCGAGCACUCAGAAAAUAAUGAAAACUUUGAUAAACAAAACAAAAAAAUACUGCACAUGACCCUCUCUAAAAGUUUGCAUAUUCUGCAAUCAUUUUCAGGUGAAAUACACAUGUCUUUAAAAUUUGGCAAAAUACUUUAUCCAAAUUUGAAGCCAGAAAUUUAUCAAUUUUCUCUAAGUCUUUCUCGCUUUUAUAAAAAGAAUGACUUGCCUAAGUCCUUGUUUUCGAAUUGUAUUACUAACUCAGUUGAAGAAAUUCAUAGCUUUUUAAAAAGGCCUGUAAUUAUUCAAUAUAGUCAUUCUGAAAAGUCUUAUGACAUAGCGAAACCUAAGACUGUUGGAACAACCGAUCGCUUUCUAUUCCACGGAAUACUCAAAGGUAAGAAGAAAAAAGAAUCUUCGACGCCUUUUUUUAUGAGAUGUACCUCUACUUUAGAGGAAUGUUGCUUCUUUGAAUCUCGUGAUGCAACCUCCGUUUGCAAUUUUAACUUCGCUGCUAUGCCUUGGGAUGCUCGAUUAGAGGUUCACGCAUGUAAGGUUUUAAACCGCACGAUAUUAAGAGAAUUCUCUGAUUCUUUAUGUUUCAGGAAUGAUGGCAAUAACAGCUUGUUGAGCUUUAAUAACUUGGAUAAUAGAGUUGUUAUAUUGUCGGUUCAGCGAAUUCAAGAAAAUCUGGUACCCUUUAACAACGAAUUGCUUUCUCAUUCUACUGAUUUCGUGUUGAAGUAUUCACAAGUUAAUAAUUUUGAGAUAUUUACUUCUUUGGAAAAUCCCUCAUCGCAAAAUAUUUAUUUGCAGCAACCUCACAAAGAUAGGUUUUCUACAAACUAUACGGUUGAACUCGAAAGUCCAUUCAUGAACUCUCAAUUUGAACAUAAUAAGAUGAUGAGGCCAACAGAAACGGCAAAGUGGGACUUGAGUAAUCCACAAUUUAUCGGAGGUGUGAUGAUAGAAAAUACUCAGGAUUGGUAUACUGCUGCAAUAAUUAUAGUAAAACAAUUGCAAAAUACUAACUCGAUACUUUAA